AAAUACACAAAUGAAAAAUGGUGCCACUCCGCUCUAUUUGGCCAGUCAGGAAGGACACCUGGAGGCUGUUGAAUACCUUGUGAAAGAAUGUGGAGCAGAUCCACAUCUCCGGGCCAAUGAUGGGAUGACUGUGCUCCAUUCAGCAGCACAGAUGGGACAUAACACUGUCAUUGUAUGGCUGGUGAGCUUUUCAGACAUUAGUCUAUCAGACCAGGACGACGAAGGGGCCACAGCUUUGCACUUUGCUGCCAGUCGAGGACAUGCCAAGGUUCUCAGCUGGCUAUUGCUACACGGAGGUGAGAUUGUCACGGACAACUGGGGUGGCACCCCGUUACACGAUGCUGCAGAGAACGGGGAACUAGAGUGUUGUCAAAUCCUAGUGGUCAAUGGUGUUGAUCUGACUGUUCGUGAUCGUGAUGGUUACACAUCUGCAGAUCUAGCUGAGUACAAUGGACACAGUCAAUGUGCCAAGUACCUCAAGACUGUUGAGAACAUGAGCGUGGAGCACCGGGUCUUGUCUCGAGACCCGUCUGUGGAUCUUGAAUACAAGCAGAUUGACUCGGGAAUGUCAUCCCCCAACACCACUCUCUCAUCGCAGCAGCAAGCCAGGUUUGACUCAGGAUCACCGUCCAGCACUCUGUCCAACUACGAUUCCUGCCACUCGAGCCAGUCCAGUACGAGAGAGAAAAGGAGCAGCCGCCAGGGCCCAGGGCAAGGACCAGCAGCUGUUACAGAGAUGGACACGUACAUAGACAUGUUGAACCCUGAGGUGAGCCAGCAGAAGGGCAAGGCAGCUGAAGACAAUGUCCUUCCCCCACCUCCCACCUUUCCUGCACCAACUCCACCAGUGACCUCUGACCCACCGCCCCCACCUCCCACCUACCCAGCACCAACCCCUCCAGAGGCAAACCUAACUUCAGAAAAGAACGUGGCCACAAAGAGUCAUCCUCAACACUCUGAUAACGAAACGCCAAAAAGACAUGAGUUAAACCUCAAUGAAAUAAAUCCAAGUAGACUGAGGAGAGUAGAAUCAAAUCGAAAAUCCAGAAGUUUUAACAAAGAGCCCAGCACGGCAGAUUACUACAAGAGUCUAGGAGACGACACAGAGGAGAAAAGCCGAAUGGUACCCAAUGAAGAGGGCUCCCUUGUAUCUCAGGAGGGGCUGAGGAAUGAAAGCGUACCAGAAAACCAAACAACCAAUGAAAUACCUGCUCCUCCACCCCCUCCCCCACUCCCUGAAGGUGGGUCAAUCCCUCCUCCUCCACCCCCUCCUUUGCCAACUACAGAGACCCCACCACAGCCCAGCAACCAACAGCAUCAACCUUCAUCCUCUGUGGCAAGUACAAAAUCUUUCAACAUGAUGUCUCCUACAAGUGAUAACUCUGACUUACUGGCUGAGAUCAAAGCUGGGAAAAACCUGAAGCCAACUGUGCAGAGUAAAGGAUGUACUGUGGUCUAUGCAAGUUCUGGGACAACGCCUGAACACGCAAAGCGCCAGGUUGGUAGUCCAACUGAGCCAGUUGUAAAUGGCAUGGCAGCAUCACAGACAUUGGAUGUUGAGUCUGUCAUACCAACUCAUGACGAACAGGGAACCCCGAUCCCAGAGUGGAAGAGGCAGGUGAUGGCACGGAAACUGCAGGUUAAGAUCCAGGAGGAGGAAGAGCAGAAACGUCGAGAAGACCAGGAAAAAGCUCGUUUUGCUAAUAUGCCGGCAUGGAAGAGAGAUAUCGUGAAGAAGAAACUGGAUGAAGAAAGGGAGAAAAAGAGGAAAGAGGAAGAGAAGUUGAAGAAGGAUGAAGAAGAUAAACUGAAGGAACAAUCAGAGAUACUGCGGAAUCUUGGUUAUGAUGAAUCAAAAUUGGCACCGUGGCAACGACAACUCAUCCUGAAGAAAGGAGACCAAGCGAAGCAAGAAUAAUAAUCUCCCUCGGAGCAAUCUUCCAUUUCUGCUGUAGCGUAGAUUGUGCUGUUCAGUAGGAGGCAGUUCGGAAUGGUUAAUUCAUUGCUAUACAUGCUGGGCCCAACACAGCAGAGUCCAUUGCUAAAUAGUAGCUUUCUUCAGAUCAUCUCACACCUCUGUAAGUUACAAGCCAAAAUUCACAGUUUGAGGAGAUUCUUUCAUGCUUUUAUCUGUACUUGCAUUUCUCACAUGUCCUAUUAUCCCCAAUCCUCAGCAUUCCCACGCUAAUUGCUUGAGCACAAUGUUUUGUUGUGGGAUGAGUGAUUGACAGCUGUUUACUGUCAUGGUGAUAAUAGUUUAUGCAAGCAAAACCCUGAUCAAAACUUAGUUUUGAAAGAAUGUAUUCCAGGUAUAAUUAAUCCUUUUUCCAUCUGUAAAAUGAUUUUAAAUUAUGGGGUAUGUUAGAUAAACACACUACUGGCCUAAAGUACAGUGUUGUGCAUUGAGUGUGUUGGAUAAUUAAUUUAGUUUGUGUUUGUUAAAGAGAAGGUUAACAAGAGUAAGCAUUGACUCAGUUGGUGAAUGAAUUGCCCAAGUUUAGAACACAGCAAAAGAAAUUAGCAUGGUCCCUGGCUCAGUCUGUGGUGUGUCAGCUCAUCUCAGCUGGGUCUGAGAGACAUCACACCGCUAAGGUUAGAUUCAGGAAAAAGUCAGAAGUCACACAACGCCAGGUUAUAAUCCAACGAGUUUAUUUGAAGUCAUGAGCUUUCGGAGCACUGCUCCUUCGUUAGGUGGACUUCACAUGAAGCAGCAGCAGCGGUCUGAAAGCUUGUGAUUUCAAAUAAACCUGUUGGACUAUAACCUGGUGUCGUGUGGCUUCUGGCUUUUAUCCACCUCAGUCCAACACCAGCACCUCCACAUCAUAGAUUCAGGGAAGGCAAGGAGAUGAUCAGUCAGUGAGGUUCCCAAUUCUUGAUGCCUAUUGCAGACAGAGCUGUAAUCCCUGCCAUAGUCUAUCACAUACCCCAUUAAAACCCAUCAUGAAUAGGAACACAGUCAUGCAUGAACUAGAUGGGGAGUAAAGCUGAGCUGUACAAUUGCAUCUGGCAUCUUAGCUUUGGUAAAGAGGGUGUUUGGUGUCUGUGGAUCCAUACCCCUAUAUCAACAUUACAGGGCAGGGAAGAGAGAUAUACACCACAUAAUACACUUCUUAACUCAGUUUAGCAGACAGAACAUGAAACAGUUGAGUCCAUAUCAAAACCUUACUGAACAGCACUACUUACUUUGUUAGCUGCCUGAUAGAGUUAUUCAAAAGAAUGGUUUAUCUCUGAGCAAUGAUGACAUGAUAGACAAACACAAUUGCAGGAACUCCUAUCUGGACCCUGGCACAUUGCCUAUCUAUCAAUGUUGUACAUAAUCAAAGAAUGACCACUUAUUUUUCUUAUGUGUAGCAUAACUGUUCUCCAGACAUUAAUGUGCACACAGGGGAUAUAUCUCUUUUAAAGAUAUGCUCAUGAUGUUAUUUACAACACAGUUUGUGAAUGUUAUAUAUUUUCUUGGAUGCCAUAACAAUGUAAUGGAAAGAAGCAGUACAGAUAUCAUUGCCAUUAGCCUAUUUUCCACAACUGAAGAUCUUUCUGCAUCUUUUUAUUUUGCAUCCUUGUGCAGUUAGUUUCUCAGCAGCUGUGUCCCUUGCCCAAAAUGUCUCGACCAUUUAAAAUAAAUCAGUGAAAUAA